AUGGUACGGCCGCGGCAACAAUCGCAGCAGCAGCAACAAUCCGUGCGGCAAGCGCAGCAAAAGCAGCAGAAGCAGCAGAAGCAGCAGGGGCGAUAUCCCCUGGCACAAGAACAACCGAAAGAGAAUCUGGAUGGAGAAGCACAUUGCCAACAAGAGCCAAAUCAACGGAGGCAGCAGCAGCAGCAUCAGGAACUGCGGGAGCCGCGGCCUUGUAGGGGAGCGCCCCGAGUGCAAGUGGAAUAUUUGGGCGGCAAGAGGUCCAGAGGUCUCGUUGCAUCUGAGCCUAUCGAAGCCUCCGAGGUUAUUUACACUGAGAAGGCUCCUCUGCUCGUAGUGCAGCACGAAUUUUCGCGGCUAUGCGGGCUGACCUGCAGCAACUGCAUGAGCUUUGUGGGCUCACUGAAGGACUGCAUCCGCCAUGUACUCACGCAGGCGGGGCGGCGCGAAUGUGCAGCCGAUCUGGUACUGUUGCCUGACAGCUUCAUCCACAAAGCGCACGCGCGUCGGGAGACCUUCCAUCGAAUGGUUUGUGUGGAAGCGACAGAACGUAACGCUUGGCUUUCCUUCCUUUCCCACGCCCGAAGGCACCACGACGGCCUUAUGAUGGCAGGCAUUUGCAUGGCCCAGGUUGUCUUUGAGGUGCUUUUCGAGGGCCGGAAAUUCUCAGAGGCCGUUCAUCCUUUUCGGCAGUUUUAUUCUGCUCCCUGGGAGUCGCUUGCACCCGACCGCGUCGCUCCUGGUGGGCCCGCAGAUUCCCUGGGGAGCUCCCGCACAGAGACAGCUGAGGGGAGGAGGAGUCUCCUUCUCGAGUCGCUUGCCCUUUUGAAGAGGGUCCUAGACCCAAUUAUCAGCUCCUCUAAAGAUCCAGCAGUGAAGGAAGCACUCGACACUCUGCUUCAGUUUGAUUCUUUUUCACGCCUGCUGGGGACUUUUUCCCUUGUUUGUCUCGACGUGGAGUUCCCUCAUCCUCUCAAUCGCCGUCUGCUCGACUUGCAGCGAAACCUUUCCCUGUUCAGCCGCUGCCAUAGGGGCUUCCCAGAGGCCUCGUCAGGGGUCCCCGUGGAGGUAGCCUCGCCGUCUGAAGAUAUUACAGCUGAGGAUGUGCAGCAGCUGCCUUUGCUAAGGAAAUUGCUGGAAGAGGUACACGCGAUAACGCGCUGGGACGACGGUGACGAGGACCCUGAAGUCACUGGAACCCCAGAGGCCCCUGCGGUUACCUUGAGGGCCCCUCUGUUGCCAUUUAUUGGGUGGGGUUUGUUUCGCUUGGGCUCCAUGACGAACCACAGCUGCUGGCCCAAUGCAGAGGCUGACUUCCCGCUGGACAGCGCUGCCCUAGAGGUCAGGGCCUUGCGGCCCAUUGGCAGGGGAGAGGAGGUGACUGUUUCCUACAUAGACGAGGCUCUGUCGCUCCACCAACGGCGCCAGACCUUGCAGGAAGUAGGCUUUGAGGGUUCUAGCGCUUAA